CAGAAGCAACACCUUGUUUGUCAAGGCUGAAUCAAUUGACGGAAAUCACUUGGACGGCCUUGAAAAAUCAUCUAGACACGCUUAUCCAAAUGCUUCCCGAAGCUAUGUUUACUUAUUAACGUUUGUUUACGAUCAUGCUGUCGGCACGCUGCUUUGGAAAAUAGACACUGUUGAAUGGCUCAAGAAAUGUCAUAAAAACAGUACAUGGAAGGCCACGCUCUCAUCUUAUGUACUAUGCACACUGAACUGCAGUUCUUCUCUUCGUUUGUUGCACCGCUUCUAGCGGACUAGGGUAAUAAACGAAUUUUUGCCUUCGGAGGGGAAAUUUCGGACUGUUUCGUUCUCCCUUGAUCCUUAAUGCCUCACAACAGUGAUUUACGGAUUUCUAGUUUGGCAGAGGGGGACGGAGGCAGAUUUUAUUGUAUUUAUUUUGUCCUAGUCGUGUGCCAAACUCGGUGCAGUCGAAAUUGGCGAUCGAUUUCAGAAUUUGAAGUCAUUCUAAGUUGAGAAGCGCUUGGGAAAAGUUGUUCCAUUCUCGGGUGUCAACAAAAAUAGUGUUUCUUUAAAGUUCCAAGUGCAAAGUAACAAGUUCAAACAGUGCAGCAAUGGCAACGGCGUAUCCUUACUAUUCGGAUUACAGUUCGAACUAUUACAACGCCUAUCACGGUCAGUUUAGCCAGGAUCAUCUACAGCCAAACUAUUCUUACACGCCAGCUAGUGCACCAAUAGGAGCCAAUCAUUUGACUUACCCACUGCACGGUAAUCAGUCGACUCCAGAAGAGGAAGUCAGCGGGGCUGCACAUGAACAAAGCUUAUCAACAAAAGUUGCACAUGCAGGCAGCAAUUAUAGCUACUAUGCGUCUAAUCAAUACUACUCGAACCAGUACUACCAGCAACAAUUCAACGAUCAUCAUGAUUACUACGCGUAUCAACGAUGCUACCCGUCUUACAAUGGAUCCCAGAGUGCACCAGAGGCUGCCAAAUCUUCGGAGUACCCAUUUCACAGCGAGAAUCAAAACAAGAUCAGCUCUGAAAUCAGUCACGCUGUUAAGUCGACUGACUACAACUUGAUUACACCAACUACAAAUGUAACGAAAUCAACUGAAAAAGCUCAAUCAACGACGCUGAAAAGAAAGUUAGAUGAUCAACCCCAGGACUCACCUGCGUUGCGUGCUUUACUGACGAAUCCUGCUAAGAAAUUGAGAUACAAUCCCGGAUACAGUACCUGUAAUGUCACCAAAAUCAUGUCACCAAUCAGCGAUCGAACUGUUCCAGAGAUAGUCCCGCCUUCGCCAAAUAAAACAGAGGAUAGUAUUGACAGCUUUCUGGACUGUGCUACCGAUACCACUCAAAACAUCAACUUUUCGCUGAAUCACUCUGCUGGCACUCCCUCCAAAUUGCUGAACUAUGAUGGCGUCAGUACUCCGCCUUCAUCGCCGAAAGAUGCAGAUUUUGCAGUGUCAUCCUUGCCAUCAGAUUAUUCGACAAGCCAGCAAAGUAACGAAGGUAGCAUUACAAUUCAAAAUUUCCACCUGCAACAAUGUACUCAUCCAUAUUUUUUCCUCUUAUUUUCCACAGAUACACCCAAAGAGUCAUCCAAAAGAACGCGCCAAUCUUACUCCCGGCAACAAACGUUGGUUCUCGAGAAAGAGUUCCACAUGAAUAAGUACCUCACAAGGCGACGUCGCAUCGAGAUCGCAAAUAUCCUUAAAUUAUCUGAGCGUCAGGUUAAAAUUUGGUUCCAAAAUCGACGAAUGAAAGCGAAAAAGGAUCAAGGAACCGCUAGCCCUGAACUUCCGUUUGAGGAAACUGUCUGUCCAACUUAUCUUCAUCCGCACAACAUGUUACCUCAGGUGGAGCAAAGCCAAAGUCACCAGCAAUCACAGUACGGCUACUACGAACCGCAAUUGCCGCCAAGCAGUACUUAUCAGUAUUAUCCGGCAGCAAUUUAAAAAAUAUAUUUGCUGAAAAUGAUCAAGUUCGUUCCAAUGCGUAACUCGUAACCAUUUUCGUUCGAUAUUGUUUAUUAAGCCAAAUCGUGAUGCCUUAACUUUGUAUCAAAUAUGUUCCUGAGUCCUGUAAUGUUAAAAGCCUAGUG